AUGAAGCAAUUUUGGCGUUCGUUUGUUUUCAGUUGCUUUUCGUUAUCGAGAAGGCAAUUCAUCCAACUUGCAAUCUUUAUCAGCUUCGUUUCAGUUCAAUACUUCUAUCAUGUACAGCUAACCACUCGUCUUAACGACGCACUUGCUAGAUUGGACAAGUUAGAGAACUGGAUUAACAGUAGAAGUAAAGAUCAGAAACAGAUGAAGCCUGCACACAUGAAGGUAAUUUAUGGCCAUUCCCGUAAAAGGCGGAAUUUGAAUGAGGGCCAGAUUAACAAGUUAUGGGAACGAAUUGAAGGCUUGGAAAAUCGGUGAGUAGAGAAUACCAUUAAAAAAAUAAGCGAAAGUUUAGGAUUAGAAAUAUUAUAAGGAACCUUGAAGCGUAAUAGCUUUCAAAUUCAAUCUCCAAGUCGCCUGGUGCCUGAAAUAAUAGAAAUAACUGCAUAAAGCAAACACUUAUGAAAGUAAUUCUUGUAAUUGAAUGUUCUAGUAUUGGGUGCGUGAUUAUCAAGGAUUGUGUGAAUAGAAUAAUAAGGCUUAGUUGAUUUACACAGUCAGUGGACAAAUUCACGCAAUGUUGUCUCUUCGGCUUUUCCCUUAAGCAGUCUAAAACUCACUUACAUGUUCGAAACCCGGCAAUAUUUUUGUUCUGUGCGGAUUGUAUACUGACCUAUCACUCGAAAGAAUAAGCAGGUGAAAAACUCAAAAGAAAAAUCUCGAAUUGCAGUUAGUAUAAAACUGAGAAUAUUCAGUUUAAAAAUAAUAAUAACGGGAGCAACAGGAAGAUGUGCUCAUCUAAAAUAAUGGUCCCACUAUAGGAAUGCACUCAGUGAGCCAGACAGCUUAAAUAUAGUGCACGAUUGACUCAAAGUUAACUGAAACAGUAGACAUGCCAAGCCGCGUUCCAAAAGGGUGGGUGUUCUCAUAUACAAUUGAUGCAGUGCCAAAACUAACAACUGCUUAUCACGACCUUUUUUACUGUGUACUUCUCUUGUCAGUGAUCACGAGCCAACACUGUUCUGAUGCUAUUACACGACCAGAAUAGCCAAGGCUACAAUAGAUAACUUCAAGAUUGCAUGAAAAAGUUAGAAACCGUUUCAAAGAAAAAGUAUGUUAGUUAUUUAUUGCAGGAAAUUUACGUUUUUUGCAUUUCCCUAUAUCAAUUAUUUAAUUACACUGCUAGAUAAAAAAACUAAUACAGAAUUUGGAAAGAUAAAAAUCCAGUGAGGAUUGAUGAUCCAAUUGACAUGAUAUAGAUAGUUCAAGAACGUUCGUGAAUAAACUGCAGUUUAUAUUCGUGAACAAAUUAGUGUCAAUCACGGUUGGGCCAUAAGCAGGUUUAUUUUACAUAUCUUCUAUAUUUGUUUCCAUUUUUCGACCAGACUUGACAAAUAGAGUACGAUUGUUGACCAACUAAUUUUAAACUUUUUUUGACGCAAAAUGUCAUCAAAUUAUGACGUCCCAACGACUGACGUCACCAAAAUGGUCAUAGUGCACAUUUCACUUUCAUAGUCAAACUAAUAUCAUCUAAAAGAGCUUUAGGAGAGACGUAAAGCAAGAAUAAUCGUUUCUACGACAAUUACAACUUAAGUUAUGGGACUUCAAAGAAAUUUAAGUGCAACUCCAGGAACCAUGCUUUUCCUCGCUUUUUUUCUUAAAAGUAUGUCCAACAUCAUGCAUUUUCUCCGAUCACACAGACCUGAUCGAGUUUUUCGAGGAGCAGAGCACGGUCGGCCCAUAGGACGCAAAAAGCUGCAGCCUAGGAACUACUUUUGCACGUUUUAUUCGUUUGAGCUCAAACUUUGCAGGAUGGUAGAACUUUGUAUUCUAAAAAAAUCCCAUGUUUUUUGUCAGUUUUCGAUUUGAACUGUUUUAGGCGGGAAAGACGGCACAAGAUUGACUGGCGGGAAAACGUGGUAGCCGUCGUCACUCUUCUACGAGUUUUAGCGAUAAUGUCAAAGCGGCGGAAACAAGUUAUCAAAUGUUAGAAGUUUUAUCAUUUUGCGAUCGGGAGAGUGUGUAACCUCCUACACUUAUAAAAGGGAACGGUGCUAAUUUUUUUAGUGAAAAAUGGUAAAAUGAAGAUUUCCGGGGAGUCUAUAUUUUGAAAAUAGGCGAAAGAACUUGAAGUCAAAUCUCGUACUCGAAGUCGUCCUCGUCCUGAAAUCUAAAGGUUUCAAUUAACUGCUAAAAAGGAUAUUAGGGAGCUUAUAUGGCCACGACCACGACGAAGGACCGAAGCGAGAAAGUCAAUGAAGGCGAUGGUUUUACUAACCAAAGAUUAGAGAAAACAACUUAAUCAGAAUAAUUAAGAAUAUAUAUUGUGCAGUUUUCAUGACGAGAUGAUCAACUGCGAAUUAAAAUAACAAAAAAAUAAAAAUAACUAAAUUAUAGAUAAGAAUUACAUCAUGUAUUGUGUAUAAUAUCAAAAAGCCUAACCAAGAAUAAAAAGCCUUACUAAAAGGAAGGUACGUCUUUAAAAGUUUUCCUAAAAAUAAAUAAAAAUUACAUAGUCGUGUAUAGGUAUUAAGUAAACCUAAGAAUGAAAAGCCUUACUAAAAAAAGCGCCUUUAACAAUUUUUUAAAAAAGUCAACAGAUUUGACCAUUCUAAUUUUCAGACUUAAAUCGUUCCAGAGUUUAGGCGCCGAAGCAACGAAAGCACGGCCGCCCACGGUUGUUAAAGUUUUAAAAUUCGGGUGAGACAGCAGUAUUCCGUUGUCAGAUCGCAGUCUACAUCUUGAUAUAACUUUUGGUACAUUUCCUUCACACGACCACAACGUGAACUUCCUAAUUUCACGUCUCAUCGCUCGUUUCAUCAGAAACUAAACGCAAGACAACUAUCUCUAGCUUUUUCCUUUAAUGUAUGUUCUUUUUAGCUUAUUUUGGAACAUGGGUACGGUACUUUAAAAGAGGUCAACUUACGAAAAAUUUGCCAACGUUCAACUAACUGAACGAGGUAGAAAAUUAGCGAUCUAUUUCAAGACCACGUGAUGCAUAUCACUUCAAGUGACGUUUUCAAUGACGUCGUCUUUGUGGUUGCUUAAUUAAUUGUCCGUUCAUGAGCUUAUCCACUAGGUAAAUAUCUGUUCACGAUCUAUCAAAAUAGCCCUCUCGGUAGAGAUUUAUUUCAUAGACAACGAGAAUCGGUGUAACCACACAUGGUUAUUAGUUACGUCUGCUUGCAAAAAUCGUUGUAGUCAUAAACAAUUCAUCUACAGAAACAAGUAAAAUAAGUUACCGUCUCCAGAAUGUUGGAGUAAGCACAUUCAUACUGCUUUUGCCUUGAUAAAAGAUAUAUAAAAGGGUCAAAGAGAAUAGAGAUAAUGUGAAAGAUUUUCGGGAAGAAUCCAGUUGAACUAGUUGAGGUGGUAAUUUUAAAAUUGUUGCUUCAAUCCUCGAGAAAAUCAAAACUGUACAAUAUAAUUAUCCACUGCUGUUUUCACAUUGUUUUUGUAGUAUCACAGCCUCAAACAAUUUCACUGUUACUGGCCAGGGAGCAUUCUGUGCCCAAGGGUCACCAGGAAUGAAUGGUAUGCCGGGUAAAAAUGGAAUACCGGGUCAUGAUGGGAAGGUUGGAAUGCCAGGAAGAGACGGUGAGCAUAGAGUUAUUUUUUCUGUUGUUUUUAAUUAAAACUGAACUGAAAGAACUGGGUUAGAUUUGUUCUAUUCCUGCAAUAGGUAACUUAUAGAUGCAUUUUAUUGGUUUGAGUUUAGUUAAAUUAAAGACCAACUUAUUUCAUACUACUGUUAAAUUGCUUAGUAUAGAAGAGCUGGUUGAAUUCAGCUCAAAGCGGUAAGGGAAACUCAGGAUUGAUAAAUCCUGGAAUGCUGAAUUUUUUUUCCAGAUCUUUUCAGUGAGAGGUUAAAAAAAGUAAUUAAAGUUCUCCGUAACACCAUUUAAGAACAAUCAUCUUGAUCAUACCCUAACACUGAAGUACCUUCUGCUUGCCCAUAACAUAGUAUCCGUGUUUAUUAGUGUAGGUAGAGAUGGUACCGAUGGACGGCAUGGAAUACCGGGGAGAAACGGAAUCCCAGGGAGACAGGGACUACCGGGUAAUUACAAUUACAUUUUGGUUCUUGGCUUAAUACUUUUUGAGCCCCGUGUAAGGGAAUCCGGAAAAUUUUGUUCAUAGAAUCCGGAAUCUGAGUAAUUUUUGCUUGUGGAAUCCGGAAUCCAGGACUUUGGAAUCUGGAAAACGUACAGCUCAAGGAAUCGGGAAUCCCACGAACAACUGAAAUCCAGUUCCACUGAAAAAUAAUCCGGAUUCCAUUUCUUGGAAUCUGGAAUCCAAGGAUUGGAACUGCCUUGGGUUGCCUUACAUGAAGUGAAUUUCUUGUAAGGCGAUAAGGCCUGUAUGAAUCCAGGGGAGGAGCCGCCCCUCCCCCCUUAUUUUUAGACCAAACUGACGCCCUAAGGGAAAAAAAGGUUUUUUUGAGGCUUUCAAUGAUCGCACUUUCAGAGCAGUUCUUCAAGAUUAGACUGUGAAAUAACGGUUUCAGUUUACAGAAGGUACUGUAGCAGGCUUUGUUUCGUUCAAGGUAGAGAUGGUGCUGCAGGUCCUAAAGGUGAGAGAGGUCAUAAAGGUCACAAAGGUGAACUUGGCCCACAGGGACCGCCUGGUGAUCCGGUAAUCUGCCAAAAGAAACCCGUUACAGAGGAAUCUAAGCAAGCGACUUCUGGAAGCACUGUGUUCAUUCGCUGGGGCCGUAGCGAGUGCCCUGCUAACAGAGGGACCGUUCUGGUUUACGAAGGCACGUUAGUUCAUAUAUACUUUGAUUAUUACUCUAAUUCUCAAAAUCACACAAACUUAAAGGGGCUAUGUAACGAGGAUAUUAAGGUUUUAGCUCAAUUCUGUGCUGAAGACAUUGCUUUAGUUCUUUAUGUGUUUUAUCCGUACACAAAAUCCUCCGUUAGAGAUAUAUGAGGUAGAUACCAAACAAAUUCCACCAGGAAGGACUAACCAUAACAUUCUUGGCGUGAUCUUUCCAGGUAUAGCAUUUAAAAGUGAAAAAAAAAAAUGGCCCACUAUUUCAAGUUUCAAUCUACUGAACCCAUAUUCAUCUUUGCAUCCGUUGCAGUAGACGAUGGAGAACAGUUUCAAUGCUUAAAUGAAGUCUUGAAUAACAAAACUGUAAAACUGGAUAAUGAUUCAGUUGAUAUGAAGACAGAUUUUCGCUUUUUGAAAAGAAAGAAGUUGACUUUUUUACUUUGUAGUGCAGAAUUUACUUCUCAAAAACAUUAAUACCCCCAUUUUUUAAGAUACGAAGGGUUUGUCAACCAGGAGUUCUAGUAAUUAGACGCCGUACGAGAUACCAACUUAUUAGGGGUUCAUUUCUUCAAAUAGAUUCAAGUUAGUCUUAUGGCACGUUUGUUAAUUAUAAGGGUGUGAAAUAUCGUGUUCGAGGCGGCAUGUGCUAGGCCCUAAUAUAUGCUGAUUAAUUUUAGUGUGCGUUCGGUUAGGAUGAUCUGACAUUAAGUGUUUGAAGAUCACUCGCUUUAUAGCUCAUCAAAGAAACUGACGAAUCCAACCUGGGAAAGGAUUCAUCGGGUCUUUUGAUGUACCAUGUUCAGAACGAUCUCGGGCCUGUAUGACUGUAUGAUCCCGAAUAAACCCACCCUAAUAAGAGUUUAGAAAUGAACACACAGACCAGAGAGUAGAACGACAUACAGACAGAGAUAGACGGACGGGCGGGCCGAAGGACAGAAAGACGGACGGACGGACGGACGGACGGACGGACGGACAGGCGGACGGGCGAAAAGACAGAUAGGCAGACAGACGGUGAGACAGACAAACAGCUGACAGAUGGACGGACGAACGGACGGGCGAAAUAUAGAGAGACAGACGGACGGACUGACAGAGAGACAGACUUAUUAAGCAUUUGGCGAUAAACUGAAUAUCCCUGUCUAUUUUUUUUAUCAAGCUAGGUCGAGUAGCUGGAUGGCAACCAAGGAGUAAAGGAGGAGGAGUCAACUACCUGUGCAUGCCUCUGAGUCCUGAGUAUACCAAGCCCGCCACCCCUGGAUUCCAACCGAAAGCAUCCCUCUUCGGUGUACAGUAUGGUCAAGUAGACGAUCUUUUCCCACCAAUCCCAGGUCAUAAACCAAACAUAAGCUACCUUGGAGUACCCUGCACUGUAUGCCGAGCGGAGAGAAGAGGAUCCCUUAUGAUGAUCCCGGCCCGUAAUGUUUGCCCUACUAGUAGGUGGACCCGCGAGUAUAUCGGCUACCUUAUGACAGACAUGUCAAACAGUACCGCCCCAGAUUACAUCUGCGUCGACGCUGACGCGACUGGAGUUGAAUUAAAGCACAACGAAAGACAUUCUGCAAAUUCUUUUCUCACUUCAGUUCUUGGAAAGUGCGGCGUGCUCCCCUGCUCGAGCUACGAACCGAACAGGGACCUGACUUGCGUGGUAUGCACCCUGUAG